AUGCCCAAGCACCUACUGGUCAAAGGCGCAGUGUACCUGGCGGCACUGGCCUGGUUGAGCAGCGCGGGCAUACCGGGACUUCACAAAUGGGUGAUUCAAAACUUCCCCAGUUGCGUACAGAUAGUGGAGAGAAACAGCCUUCUGGACGUGACGCACUUGAGCAGGAGGAACUUUGGACAUGGAAGGGAACAUAAAAAAGGAGGCCGUGAUUGGAAGAAGAGACCAACAAAGAUCGGGCAUGUGGAUAAUCUUUUAUUUGACAUGAACCAACUCUUACACAAAGCGAACGUCCAGUUUGUUAACGAUGAACAAUAUUUUUGCAAGCUCUCCUAUUUAAUAAGAAAUGUGUUGAGGAAGUUUCCCCCGCAGAAAAACAUCGUGUUCGCCAUUGAUGGUAUUUGUCCUUUUUCUAAACUGAAGCUACAAAUUAAAAGGAGAGCAAAAGCAAAAAAACUCAAGGAUGGACACAACUCAAAUGACAUAACAUGUGGAAGUCCCUUCAUUCAGAAAAUAUCAAAAUUUCUUCAAAAAUUCGUAACAUUUUUAGUAUCCCUGCCAAAGUAUAAACAUAUAAAAGUGUACGUUUCCACUGACAAGGAGGUGGGGGAAGGAGAACUCAAACUAAUGAAUUGGAUCCAGAACUAUGUAGGGGGGAGCCGCUCGUCGCAUGAGGGGGAUAGCAGUUGUGUCGGUGCCCGCAGUGCGGCAGACGAAUCGUUCGUCAUCGUGGGGGCAGAUGCGGACCUUCUCCUUCAGUGCUUAGCUUUGAAAGACGUGCGCAAUGUGUGUGUGUACACGUACCAGACUUUCCUCGUAGAUGUGGGGGCGUGGGAAAGGGAGAAAAAGAAGGAGGACUACCUCGCUGGGUUGGCUCUCCCAAGUGGAAAGAAGCCAAAUGGAGAAACUGACCAUAUGGACACCUCCACUCCAAAGUGGAAAAGGAAAAAAAUAAAAGUCCUGUACAACCUAAACACAUUUACCAACCUCUUUUGGAUGAAGUACCCAAGCGCCAUCGACCAAAUUAGACGAGACUUGCUCAUCCUCUUUAUCCUAAAGGGGAAUGAUUAUUUGCCCAAAAUCAGGGAAGGUAAUUUUUCCACUUUUUUUGAGGCCUAUUUUAACAUGCUGGACAGGGAAAUGCAUUUAGAACAAAAUGGGGGCAGUCCCUACGGAGGACUUUUGACAAAGGAGUAUGCUCUUAAUGGGCCACAAUUUUUAAAAUAUUUAAAUCAAGUACAUAAGCUAGUGAGCCUCCCAACGUAUUACCUCCAGAGAUUCAGAGAUGCUGCAAAUGAGGGUGAUAAUAUUGGGGGAACAAAAACGCAUGAUGAUGAUGAAGGAGGAGGAGGCAGGGGGAUGUUCAAAGAACACAUGUCGUACCUCCCACUAUCUCUCCUAAACGAACUGAUCAGCAAAAGGAAAAUAAACAAAGACAAUCUGCACAUUGAGGUGGAGAAGGAACAGGGAUCCGAUUUGUUCAGGUGCACCAUGACACAGUGCUACAUGGACGGAAGGACUUCCACUUAUUGUGGUUCCUCUAGGAGGAAGAAAAUUGCCAUGCACCUUGCCUCUCAUGAUUAUUUGGAAAGCGAAUUCCCCUCAUGCAUGCGCUUUGUUGAUUCGGGCCUCCUCAGGAAAAUUGUCCAAGGGGGGGAGCAAACAGGACCCACCCAGGAUGAAACUCUAAAAGAAAAAGGAGAAUCACCACCCGAAAGGGAAAAUGGAGAAAUUCAAGGGGAAGUCCAACGUGUGGAUCAGCCAUCUGAAAAAGAACAAAUGAGCAAUCUCACUGUUGAGGAAGAACAUAGCCAAACGGAACACUUCUUGAAAACCUUUUAUGUGCAGAAUUGUAGAGGGGAAAAAAAUUUCCAGGAAGAAAUGAACAGCUGCGAGAACUACAUCCAAGGGGUCCACUGGUUAGUCCAGAUGUACACACAAACGUGUUGCCUCAAUUUUAACUUUUUUUACAAAUACGCCACAAGUCCCUCCCUCCUCAGCUUGUACUACUUCCUGUCCGGGGGGGCUAGCGAGGGUGAGAAGGGAACCGACACAGAAAAGGAUGAUCGCGCAAACGGAGAGACAAACAUCCUGCAGAACAUCAACCUCAACGUAUUCAGAAACAACCAGGAGUAUCACAACUUUAUAAAUUUUUGCGUGGGGAAGUAUGGACGGGGGGUUGAGCAGGAAGAACAAGAACCCCUUCGUCAAGCGCCCCAACAACAUGACUUCGAAAAUAUAUACGACAUCCUGUUCUGCAGAAAUGCAAAUGUCGUCAUGAGUAGGAUUAAGAAAUUGAACCAACAGUUAAAAGGAAACCUCCACAUAAGGAAAGAGAAUGUAAAGUACUACUGGGAUGUGUAUGCAAGUAGGCUGAAAAAAUAUUGCAAAAUGAUUUUUUACAAAGGGAAGAAAAUAUAUAUUGCCAAGUUUGCUCUCUUCCGGAUUGCUCUCCAGAAUGAGGACUUGCACAAUGGGACAGGUGAAGGUGGGGGCGAAAUACCUUCACGUGGAUUCAACAUGCCCAGUCGUAUGGGCAAGACGCGUAUCCAUAGCUGUAACGAUAGAGGGGAAGAUUGUUCCUUUCUAUAUGGUGGCGGGAACAAUCCGAAGAGGACACACAAGAGGGGCUUCUGCACGAGGGCUAUGGGCGCGUACCCAGAUGAGGUAGACCAGUUUUUUAGGGGGACCCCCAGAAAGGUGAAACGAGUUAUUCACGUGAAACGGUUGAGACGGACCAAUGUUGUUUUUAGGUAG